AUGCACCAUCUGAUUCCUUUUCUUCUUUCUAAUGCAGAUCAGACUGUUUUGCUCUCUCAGCCUACUAUGGUACAACUUCAGGCACCUGGAGUUCUUCCCUGUGCUCAGCCAGUCCUUGCUGUUGCUGCGGGAAUCACACAGCUACCUAAUCGCAUGGUGAAUGUGGUACCGACCUCUGUGGCAAAUAGCCCAGUGAAUGGAAAACUUUCUGUGACUAAACCCGUUCUUCAAAAUACCAUGAGAAGUGUGGGCUCAGAUAUUGCUGUGCUAAGGAGACAGCAACGUAUGAUAAAAAAUAGAGAGUCUGCUUGUCAGUCCCGCAAGAAGAAGAAAGAAUAUAUGCUGGGGCUAGAGGCCAGGUUAAAGGCUGCCCUUUCAGAGAAUGAGCAACUGAAGAAAGAGAAUGGAUCAUUGAAGCGGCAGCUGGAUGAAGUUGUGUCAGAGAACCAGAGGCUUAAAGUCCCUAGUCCAAAGCGAAGAGUUGUCUGUGUGAUGAUAGUAUUGGCAUUUAUAAUACUGAACUAUGGACCCAUGAUCAUGCUAGAACAGGAUUCCAGGAGAAUGAACCCUAGUGUGAGCCCUGCAAAUCAAAGGAGGCACCUUCUAGGAUUUUCUGCUAAAGAGACACGAGACACAUCAGAUGGUAUCAUCCAGAGAAACAACUACAGGUAUGAUCAUCCUGUUUCAAAUGACAAAGCCCUGAUGGUAUUAACUGAAGAACCAUUGCUUUAUAUUCCUCCACCUCCUUGUCAACCCCUGAUUAAUACAACAGAAUCUCUCAGGUUGAAUCAUGAACUUCGAGGAUGGGUUCAUAGACACGAAGUAGAAAGGACCAAAUCAAGAAGAAUGACAAAUAAUCAGCAGAAAACUCGUAUUCUUCAGGGUGCUCUGGAACAGGGCUCAAAUUCUCAGCUAAUGGCUGUUCAAUAUACAGAAACCACUACUAUCAGCAGGAACUCAGGGAAUGAGCUACAAGUGUAUUAUGCUUCACCCAGAAGUUAUCAAGACUUUUUUGAAGCCAUCCGCAGAAGGGGAGACACGUUUUAUGUUGUGUCAUUUCGAAGGGAUCACCUGCUGUUACCAGCUACUACCCAUAACAAGACCACCAGACCAAAAAUGUCAAUUGUAUUGCCAGCAAUAAACAUAAAUGAGAAUGUGAUCAAUGGGCAGGAUUACGAAGUGAUGAUGCAGAUUGACUGUCAAGUUAUGGACACCAGGAUCCUCCACAUCAAAAGCUCAUCAGUUCCUCCUUACCUCCGAGAUCAUCAGAGGAAUCAAACCAAUGCCUUCUUUGGUUCCCCUCCAGCAGCCGCAGAGGCAACCCACGUAGUCAGCACCAUCCCUGAGUCAUUGCAGUAGCACCUGCAGCCUACUGGGAAACUAAGAGUGGGACCUUGCAGACAAAAGAGCGGGUGAGAGAAGCGCUGCUUUCUGCCUUCUCAGCAGCAGGCAGAGAACUGCCUCGUACUGGAAUUCAAGGGGGAUAGAAGAAAAGAAGCUGCUCCAGUUUCACCAUCUACCCAUCCACUUGGAAAGCACUGGAAUUCAGGUGUAAGAGAACACCAUCUCUCAGUGGCACUUGUAGCCCUGCAUCCUCCAGUGCUUCCUGGUGUAGUUGUUUCCUGUACCUUUCUAAACUGCUCUUCCCUCUGUAUUUGUUUUGUGUUUAAAUAGCUCUCUUCUUUCAAAUAAGAUCCAUCUCCCCUCCUUUGGCAUUUCCCGUAUUGUUACAGUAAAGUGAAUUUCUUUAAAGC